AGCUGGGUUUGCACUAUAUAUACAGUAUCUGCCUUUCUAUCGCUAAUCCGCCUCAUUCGCAGCACCCAGCUGCUGUUUGUUUCACUGUUCUACUACAGACGCUGUCAGUCUGCGAGCCAUGGCUGUAUUUACAAUAUGAGGAGCUUGAGAUGAGAGGCUGGACGCUCAGAAGUGAGGGAAACUCAAAUGGCUGGGCUCUACAGACAGUUUAACCUGCUGUAAUAAAGAAGCAACAGAAUCGGAAAACAAUAGAAUGGAGGAAACACCUCAGAAACCUGCAAAAGCAGAACCAAGCCCCACACACAGUCCAGCACCCAGCCCAGUUCCCAGUAGAGCACCCAGUCCAGUUCCUAGUCCAGUUCCCAGCCCACUGCUGGAACGAAUCGCUCUUCCUACCCCGAAUCAUGUAGAGCAUCUAAAUAUAGGCCAGGUCCAGGUGGUGGUACGGCGCUGCUCGACUCCUAACCUAACAGAGGAGACCACCUAUUUUAUUCCACGCAACCCUGUGGUGGACGCUGGCACUAACACGGACCCGCCAGUGGUCUGUUGUCCGCUGCUCCGCAGAAUUUGCCCUUGUCCGCCACGAGGGGUCCCCGCCUCUAUUAUUACCAAAGUUCUUUUGGCAGCUGUGUUCUUUGGUGUGGUUUGGUCCAUCACUGAGGACGAAUGUCGUCCAGGAGGGAACCUGUUUGGCAUCACCGUACUCUUCAUCUGUGCGCUUAUUGGUGGCAAAGUAGUUGCCCUCAUCCGUCUGCCUAAACUUCCACCUUUUCCACCACUUCUUGGUAUGCUGCUGAUGGGCUUCCUGCUGAGGAACAUCCCAGUUGUAACAGAUGGGGUUUACAUAAACGUCAGGUGGUCAUCUUCCCUGAGAAACAUUGCUCUGGCUGUCAUCCUGGCCAGAGCCGGCCUGGGGUUGGAUCCCAAGGCUCUGAGGAAACUCAAAUCCGUUUGUGUUCGGGUAGCAGCUGGACCCUGCUUGAUCGAGGCCACAACUACAGCUCUCAUUUCUCACUUCCUCAUGCACUUGCCUUGGGCGUGGGGCUUCAUUCUUGGCUUUGUUCUGGGUGCAGUGUCUCCUGCUGUGGUGGUGCCCUCCAUGCUCCUGCUGCAGAAGGAAGGAUACGGCGUGGAACAGGGCAUCCCCACCCUGCUGAUGGCUGCUGGAAGCUUUGACGACAUUCUCGCCAUUACAGGCUUUACAACAUGCCUGGGCAUGGCCUUCGCCACAGAUUCCACUUGGUAUAACCUGCUGCGAGGUGUCCUAGAGGUUGUAGGAGGGAUGGUUGCUGGGAUCCUCCUUGGCUUCCUUAUUCAGUACUUUCCAAGUGUUGACCAGAAGCACCUAGUGAUGAAGCGUUCCUUCCUGGUUCUGGGUUUGUCCGUCUUUGCUGUGUUUGGCAGUGGAGUGGUGGGCUUUCCAGGCUCGGGGGGUCUCUGUACCCUAGUGUUAGCAUUCCUGGCUGGCCUUGGCUGGGGAGCAGAGAAGGCCCGUGUGGAGGAAGUGGUUGGGUGGGCGUGGGACGUGUUUCAGCCUCUGCUGUUCGGACUGAUAGGAGCCGAGAUUCGAGUCUCUGAGCUGGAGGGGCAUGCAGUUGGUCUGGGUAUAGCCUCCCUGCUCAUCGCUCUCCUGGUUAGAGUGCUCUUCACCUAUGUGUGUGUGUUAGGUGCGGGUUUCAACGUCAAGGAAAAAAUCUUCAUAGCUCUUGCAUGGAUGCCCAAAGCAACAGUUCAGGCAGCAAUAGGCUCCAAGGCUUUAGACAUUGCCAGGAAUGGGAAUGACAAGGAGCUGCAGAAGUACGGCAUGGAUGUGCUAACUGUUGCCGUGCUAUCCAUCCUCCUCACAGCUCCUGUAGGUGCUCUGAUUAUCGGACUCUGUGGGCCUCGCCUCCUGCAGAAACCAAAAACCUCGGCCUGUGGUGAGCGAGUCAAACCCAAUUUAUCGACAUUUUUCUUAGGUACUGCAGCAGGAGCUGAAGAGAACACUGAAACUCCUGUCACCUUUGAGAGUACACUCUGACAUCCUGAUCUAAUAAACAAGACUCAAACCUCAGUUGUCUCAGCUGUUCUUUAGCCACUGAGUGGCUCAGCUGCUGACCAGUCUGUAUUUAUAGCAGCAGGUGGUUUCCAGGCCUCCAGCUGUGUGUGCGCUGUCAUGCUGUAUGAACUUUACACUACAGCUACUACUGUGUCUAGCUUACAAUGAACAUUUUUUUUGGUCGACUUUUUUAACAUAAGGACAUUUUUGUAAAGAACUUUUUUUUUUCAUGACAUUUGAAAUAUUCAGUGAUACUUUUUUUUUUUUUGCAAAUUCAGUUUGCGUUUGGUAUUAUGUUCUUUUAGGAGCUACAUGGGAUUAAAUAUAUCGUUAUAGAAAUAAUGUUUGGAUUAGCAGUCCAGAAUCAAUGUUUUUAGUUAUAUCGCAUUAAUUUUGAUGAUUUUUGAUGUUUUCGUAUGAUUGUUAAUAGCUGUUUUUUUUUAUUAUUUAGUUUACAAAUACUAAGGACUCAGGACCUUGAUAUUCACUUUAGAUUCAUACAGAAUGCUGCUUAAAAUCCUACAGUAUCAAAGAUCAUGUGCUCUGUAUGUUUGAAGCCUGUUUCGUAUGUGUGUGUAUUUUUACAACCAAAGUUUUGAGCAAAUCUUACAUUAAUAUUGAAUGUUAGAUUUUUUUUUCUACUACAUAUAUAUUCAGUGCACUGUUUUUGUUUACCCUUUUAUGUCAUAAUCCUAAAUGUUAUAAAUUAAGAGACUAUUUAUGAUUUAUAUCACAUAAGAUUUUUACCGAAAAAAUAAACAAUCACAUUUGCAAAAAGAAACCUUUAUCUUUGUUUUAAUCAUUUUUGGGAAGGGAUGGCUUUUGGUUUUCUACUGCCCUGUAGAAAACAUCAAUUCAGUUAAAUCUAUAUUUUACCAACUUGCAAAAAGAUUGAACUUGAGGCAAUAACCAGAAAUAUAUAAAAACCAAUCAGAUAUAUGACUUAACUAUUAAAUCACGGCAGCUGAGUUUCUGUCAUUGCUUCACUUUCUUAUCUUAACAUGUGACAUGAACAGGUGAUUUUCUGGCCUCAGCAUCAGCUCUAACAAUUUUAGAUGUACUGUUAAUCGACCCUCUGUUAUUUUUUAUUUUGCAUCUGCAAGACAGUGAGCUCUUAUCAGGAGUUUUCUGUGGGAUUUUACACCAGUACCUUCAGAUGUCUUCAGAGAUUACCAUUUGGAAACAAAUUAAAUACCCCUCACACAAAUAUGUAACAUAAACAGCUACUUAUUAAAUUAAACCCCAAUA